AUGGCCGCUGUGCACAGAAGAAUCAGAAGAAAUCGUAGACGUCGAGGGUUGUUGCCACGUCCAAGAGUGUUUAGGGACCGUGGAAAUCCUUUAGAAGAUUUGGAAGAAGAAGAAGUUUACCAGAGAUACAGAUUCCGUCCACAAACUGUACUGUUCAUUACUGCUGAGCUUCAUGACACUUUGGAAUCAGACACAAAUAGGAACCAGCCCAUUCCUGCUCUCCUCCAAGUGCUAAUUUUUUUAAGAUUUGUGGCAACAGGAGCUCAUCUCAGACUGGUAGGAGAUAGCUUAGGAGUUUCCGAGUCAUCUGUAGGCAGGACAGUCAAGUGUGUUGCAUCUGCACUUAUCACCAUCCUCUGCAGGAGAUUCAUCACUUUUCCAACAGGAGAGAUGGCAUUAAGAGUGAAGGAAAGCUUUAGAAGAUUGGCAGGUUUUCCAAAAGUACUGGGGUGCAUUGACUGCACACAUGUUAGAAUCUCAACCCCUAAGAAAAAUGAAGCAGAUUAUGUAAAUAGAAAGGGUUUUCACAGUUUGAACGUUCAAAUGGUUUGUGAUCCUAAUUUUAGAAUAACAUCUUUGUGCGCCAGGUGGCCUGGCAGUACUCAUGACUCCAGGAUAUGGAAAAAUUCAACUUUAUUCCAAAUGUUUGAAAAUGGAGCCCAUGAUGGUCUUCUUUUAGGAGAUUCUGGCUACCCUCUAUCAAAGCACUUGAUGACCCCACAUUUGACCACACAGGCACCUAAUGAAGAAAGAUUCAAUGAAAGUCUCUGCCGAACCCGUGUUCUCAUUGAACAAACAUUUGGGAUCCUUAAGAGAAAGUUUCAAGCUCUUCACUUUGGAAUAAGAUCUACACCAGAGCAAGCAGUUGUAUACAUAACUGCAUGCAGUAUCCUGCAUAACAUUGGGAUAGAAAGGGGAGACACCAUAGUGUCCAGUGAUUGCAGGGAUAUUAACAUUAGAAACUGUCUGCAGCAAAUUGUGAAUGCCAAUGGCCCUGUUCCCCCUGCAAGAAACGAGGGUAUUUCCAAACGGAUUGCCAUCACCAAUGGUUUCUUUUAA